AAAAGCCGCGCCACUGUUUGAAUGCGAGCGCAAGCACAACACCGAUCCAGCAGCCCCUCAAGUGCACAUGAUAAGUCUUCAAUAAAAGUGGCCUUUGGAAACUUUCUCAACUGGCUGCAGCGUGUCUUCACGUGCGCUACGCGUAACUUUCAAGCCAAAAAGUAAUGAAAAAUGGGAUUCUCACCUCAAGCCAGUACCGCCACCAUCGAUUAAGCGAUAUAAACAAUUUAGGAGGAUGCGUGCCACUCAGAGUGCGAUUCACGAACAGCUGCCUCAAGUACCGGCUUAUGGGCGUUAGCUGACAGGGCAUUUUUGAAACGCAUUCUUGCAUGCGUAAGCAGUGUGGCGGAGCCGGACGGGUCGAACCCUCCGUUUCCCCCUUUUCUUUUCCUUCGACUCCCUCAAAUAAUCCUUGCCCGUCUCGGCUGUCAGGCUGUCAGCUUAAGGCCCCUUACGUAACUCUCAUUUCCGUCCAAGGGGGGCAUCGCGUGGAUGGCGUUCCGAGACGUGAUGACCUUUUCUUGAAUUAGUGUGCUAUAAGUUCGGAGGAUGGCGUCCAUUAAAGUUCCGAAGCAAAAAGUGAUCCUGUGUGGGGAAUUCGGUGUGGGGAAAAGCUCCCUCUUCAGACGUUAUACAAACAAUACAUUUGUUACUGCAAGUGACAGGCAGUCAACUUUAGGUCUUGAUCAUUAUGAUAAGGAAUAUAGUGUGGCUGGAAGGCAAAUCCGACUUCAGCUUUGGGAUACAGGUGGAAUGGAGAGAGUCGCCUCAAUAACAUCAAGCUAUUAUAAAUUUGCUGAAGCAGCAGUUCUUGUUUUCUCAUUGGACAAUGCAGCUUCAUUCCAUGUGCUUAGUCAACACUUGCUGGAUAUUGUUACUUAUGCUGAAAAUGCCAAAAUAUUUCUUUGUGGAAAUAAAUCAGAUUUGGAAGGUAGCACACCUCAAGUAACAGAUGCUGAUAUGGAAUCAUUCUGUGAGCAGUGCCAUAAUUUGAUUAGUGCCACGUUCAAAACGUCAUGUAGAUCAGGAGAAGGGGUUCAUGAAAUGUUUGAAGAAAUAGCCCAGCAUCUGGUCGAAGCAAAUCGCUCUCGUUUGGAACUGCAGAGUAUCCAUGACGCUGAGUCCUUUAAAGUCCUCCCACCAGAUGAGUCAACUGACCCUCCUUGCCUGUGUUGAUAACUCAAUGAUGUAAUACUUUUAACAACCCUUCUGUGAUCACAUGAAUACCUCAUGCAAUUCAAGUUUGAAGGGACACUGUUUUCUUGGAUCUGUAAGGUGUGCCAGGGACAUUAACAGCCGGCAGAUCCAUAGAAAUGACUAAUGAGUGAAGGAAGCACUGCUUUUGUGAUGACACUCCUGCCAUAUUUUUGUGUUUUUUGUAUGGUGAUUGGUGUUUAUUAUGUUUUGACCUCCUUUUUAUUGGUUUUAAAAAGGAUAGAUAGCUUGUACGUCAUUUUAAAAUCAAAUUUUUACUUGGAGUUUGAACCAUACAAGAAUAGUCUUUUCAAAGCUGACUAGUUAGACCCACCAUAAUUUCUACAUAUUUUGACACUUUUGAAUUUUUUAUGUAGGGUUUGAGGGUCAAUUCUUUUUUUUUUUUUUUUUGACAUAUCAGGCGUGUUUUACGUUCUAGAUGAUGUUUUGGUUUUGCACAUUUGUUCUUUCAAAUGUCUGAAGGGGAAAAGGUCCUGUCAUCCCUUGCUGCAUUCUGUCCAUUGAUUAAAUUUGUGCACUUUUCGUGUUUCCCAUACUAUCACUGGGGCAGAACUGAAACUGUGGGUAAUUUUACAUAAGAAAAAUUAAUGCCAACAGGUGCAUUACUACUAAAAAUGUAUUAAUCCAAUAAAAUUUUCAAUGCCGUAUAAAACCAACAGCAUUCCUAAAAUACACUUCAGUAUUUCAUACAGUAAAAAGAACAAAUAAGGCUUUACAUCUUUGACAUAACCAUACUUCAUUGUAUCACAAACUAAUAGCACCUGGAUAUGAUAGUUCACACAUUAAUUUUGUCCUGUAUGUACUUUAAUUUAUAUCAUCGAACAAACAAUUAUGAAAUAGAAACCAGCUGAUGCGAAA